AGUCCAACAGCACAGAAAGAAAACACUGAGCUUAGAGCACACCCCUGAGUGUCCAAGUAAAGACAAAAACAUAUAGGGAAUUUACUGCUGGGAUGCUGCUGUCUUACUGGUCUCCUUAACUUUCUUUUGCGGUUUCUUGUGGACAGUCUUUAAGAAUAUAUGCUGAAUAUAAGCAGCUGACUUUGAGUGGACACUUAAAGACCAAGAAGAUGAGUUCCAGAAGACUGAUGAACCGUUCGCUCUCGAGUGAUGGAAGGUCUCACUAUGGUGGCAGUGAUAUCAGCUCUCAGAAUAGAAGGGCCGGUUAUCUGAGCAGUGUUCGAUCUGAAAGCAGCUAUGCUGGUCAUAGAUUCUCUCAGAUCAAGCCAUCCAGGAGCACUCUCUGCAGUGUCAUGGCCCAACUAACUGAGGAGAUACAGCCAACAUUUGAAACCACAUUAAAAUCCAAAGCUGUGUCUGAAGACGCUAACAUCAAGUUCAGCUGUGUGGUCUCAGGCCAUCCAGUCCCCGAGGUGACGUGGUACAAAGAUGAUGUACAGCUGGACAGAUACUGCGGUCUUCCCAAAUAUGAAAUUUCACGUGAUGACAAGACACACACACUCCAAAUAUACAACUGUACUCUGGAGGAUGCUGCAAUUUACCAAGCAUCAGCACAGAACAGUCGAGGCAUCGUGUCAUGUUCAGGGGUGUUGGAGGUGGGAACAAUGAGUGAGUACAAGAUUCAUCAAAAUUACUUUGCAAAGCUUAAACUGCGAAACGAGAACCCACGUCGUGAGCAGGAGGAGCCCCGCAAUGCAGGCAAAGAGAAUGUCAGGGUGAGCAGUCCUGAAAGAGCACAAAGGAAACGUAGGUCCCCCAUGGAGAUCAGAGCAGCUGGCAGCCCUUCAGAGGAGAAAGACAUGGAGGUGGAUGCUCUCAGUCCAACACCUCCAGUUCAAGAGUCAGCAGCAGCAGCAGCAGCAUCUGUUUAUGAGAUCUCAAACUGUGAAAUGAUCACAAAUAGAGACAAAGAUGGCCAGGAGCUAACGUAUAUCCAUGAUACCGUGAAUAAUGCCUCCAGCAAACAGACUAAUGAGCAUUACGUCAAGAAGAAGAUCAAAAUCUCAACAGAAGCAACAGAGGGAAUUAAGGAAAACAGACAGACUGGAAGAAGGGAAGAGAUAAUGAAUGAGAGCGGGGUUUCCACUGAGAAGAUGGAGGUACAGAACACGGUCGAUCAGAUCACCUCCGUGACUGAAUAUGAAAACAAAAUGGACAUAACAGACAGACAAAUAAGUGAAAAACAAUCAGUGAAAGUGAACAAAAGUGCCUCAAAAGAGUCAAAGAGAGCUCAGGGUGCUCAGAUUGCCUCAGUGUCUGAAUCUAGAAACAAAAUGGACAUAACAGACACAAGAAAAAGUGAAAAAACUUCAGCACACACGAACAAAAGUGUCUCAGAAGAAUCAAAAAUAGCUCAGGGUGCUCAGAUCACAUCAGCAACAGAAUCUAAAAACAAAAUGGACAUAACAGACACAAAAGCAACUGAAAAACAGUCGGAGAGAGUGAACAAAAGUGUCUCAGAAGAAUCAAAAAUAGCUCAGGGUGUUCAGAUCACCUCAGUGACUGAAUCAAGAAUUAAAAUGGACAUAACCCCAAAUAAGAAUCAAAAAUUGUCAGUGAACGCAAACAAAAGUCCUUCAGAAGAAUCAAGGAGAGCUCAGGGUGCUCAUAUUGCCUCUGUGACUGAAUCAAGAAACAAAAUGGACAAUGCAGACACAAAAACAAAUGCAAAACAGUUGGUAAACGUAAAUAAAAGUGUCUCUGAAGAAUCAAAGAGAGCUCACCACACCUCAGUGACUGAUUCUAGAAACAAAAUGGACAUAACAGACACAAAAAUGAAUGAAAAACAGCCGGUAAAAGAAUCAAAGAGAGCUCAGGGUGUUCAGAUCACCUCAGUGACUGAAUCAAGAAACAAAAUUGACAUAAUAGUCACAAAAACUAAUGAAAAGCAGUCAGUAAAAGUAAACAAAAGUGCCUUAGAAGAAUCGAAGAGAGCUCACCACGCGUCAGUGACUGAAUCUAGAAACAGAAUGGACAUAACAGUCACAAAGAAGAAUGAAAAACUGUCAGAGAAAGUGAACAAAAGUGUCUCAGUGACUGAAUCAAGUAACAAAAUGGACAUAACAGACACAAAAACAAAUGAAAAACAGUCAGAGAAAGUGAACAAAAGUGUCUCAGAGGAAUCAAAGCGAGCUCAAGGUGCUCAGAUCACUUCAGUGACUGAGUCAAGAAUCAAAGUGGACAUAACAGACACAAAAAAGAAUGAUAAACAGUCAGAGAAAGCAAAGGAAAGUUCCUCAGAAUCAAAGAGCGUUCAAAAGCUAAUUACAACCCAGAAACGACUGCCACUGAAGUUUUCCAUGACAACCCAGAUGACCAAGGUGAUUGAAAACACAAAGCUAACUAAAUCAUCUGACAAAGGGACAUCAAACCUCCAACCUCAAGCUCUAGAUACUGUCCAGAACUGUAAUCCAAGAGUUAUAGACAGCAAGCGCAUGGAUUUUGAUGACCACAGGAAUAAAACUCCAGUAGGUACAUGUGUGAGGAUCUUUCCUCAUUCCUGUGGUGGGAAUGACGUCAAUGUGGACACAGGGGAGAGGAAUGCGUCUGCAUGCUCUCUUAGGAGCUUGUCUGCAGGUGAAACUCACACUCAACCCACAGAGCCACCAAUUUGUGGAGACGCGCCCAUGGAUUUAAAGCAACAACCCUCAUUAAUGCAUGAGGUCACUGCGAGUGUUACGGAAACACUCAGUUCCUGCCACCUCGAAUCACAGGGAAAGAAGCUGAGAACAGGUGAUCAGUCUGUCGCAUCAACAAAGAGCAGUACACUUGUCACUGAGCCUCAAAACACUCCGCCGAGUGAGAAAAUCUCCUCAGGUCAUAUUUCACACAUGCUUCAAGACGGCCAAGUCACUACAGCUAUGAGUUCCUCAUUAGGAGAUGACACAUUAACUAACAUGUGUGAGAAGGAUAGCAAAGCUGAAAGCCAAAACAUCAAAGAGUCUGAUAAACUAAAAGGUGAAGCAAAACUUGCAUCUCUUUCUAAAGAAAGGUCAAUGGCAAACUCAAACCAUUACACAAAUCAAGUCAUCGUCACAGAACUUGUACAAUUUCGCACGACAAACUCAGAUGUGGUGCAACCACAGACCAUGAAUGACUCAUCAAUCUCUAAUGUUCAAAUGAAGGAUAAUAAGGCCCAAGAGUGUCAGAGCACUUCUCUUGAAGCUACAGACAAUGUUGCUAAAAUGGACAAACAGGCACAGUCAAAUGAAACCACAUCGGAACUGCCCAAAUUAACUCAUCACGAGAUGCAGAGUUACUCUGCAAAAAAAGGCAAUGAUCAUUCUGGCCCCUCUACAUUCCUCUCCCAACAUUCAAAGGUUUUACCCACAGAAUUUACCAUUCCUACAAUAUAUAUAACAGAUGUGGACAGCACAUCUCAAAAUAGUACAGAAACAGAACACACUGUAGAUUCUGUUCAAAUCAGAACUGAAAUGAAUACAGCAACCUCUAAAGUGACAGAUAGCAACACAAUCGUACAAGUAAGUAAUAUAUCUGAAUGCACAGACACCACGAACAAAACCACAGCCGAUGAAAAGCUUGAUCUUUCCCUGCAUUCGCAACCCUCUGAAGUCAACAAGCCUGAUCAACAGCCACAAACUCAAGAAAAACUGAUUCAAGGACCUGAAUCAAGUCAUUGUGUCACUGACUUUGUUGCAUCAGACUUAAUUAGACUGAAAGAUGUCACUAUGCAACGUCACUCUGCUGACAAAAGCAUAGAGACCAAUGAAGCUGGCUUAGCUAAAAUUAGUCAUCUUACAGAAACAGAUCUUAAUCUGAAAACUGAUUUGGACACCUUCAUAAAACAAAUGAAGUUGGCUGCAUUAGAUCUUGAGAGUUCAAAUCUAAGUACUACAGCCAAGGUAAAUGCUGCACCACAUAUAAAUGCGAAAGACAAUGUUAAAUGUGGCGAGGAAGUAAAUUCUGCAGUGACAGAGCUCACUACCUGUAAGGUAACAAUUCCAUUGAAGACUACAGACCAGAUCUUCAACUCUACUGCUGCCCACAGCGAGCUUGUCACCAAGACUGAUCAAAAGACUACAUUACCCAGGACUAAAACAGAGAAGAGUCUUGAAGAAGCAAACAGAGAUUCAUAUCAGGGGGAUAAAUUAUCUUUGAAAACACAACCUGCAUCUCCAUUACAAUCAGUUAGUAACCCACCAUCGAAGACAUCAUUGGAAACACACUCCCCUCGUCUCACCCGGAGGACUGUCCAGGCUGACCUCCCCAAACCUGCAGGAAAUGAGUAUGUUCAGCCCAAACCAACAGAGAAAGACAAAGAAAACCAAUUCAAAGUCCCACAGGUUAUCCGUAAAAUCCGACCAGAGGUGUUUGAUGCCUCUGGACAUCUGAAACUCUGGUGUCAGUUUUUCAACAUAAUAAGUGACUCAACAAUAAAAUGGUACAAGGAUGAAGUGGAAAUUGCUGAGAUAAAGAGAAGUGCAGGAGAUGAGACUCAAGUGUGCUUGGCUAUUAUACAGAUGUCCAAAAGAGACAGUGGUGUUUACAGAUGCACCAUUACCAAUGAAUAUGGCAAAGAUUCCACGGAGUAUCUUCUUAGCGCAGAGUUUCUGUCUGAUAUGUUUCUGCAUGAGGAGCUCCAGGAAGUUGGGGAGGAGAUUGAGAUGACUCCUCUGAUCUUCGGUAAAGGUCUUGCUGAUGCAGGUUGCUGGGGCACAAAGUUCUACGGUCGGGUCACAACGGAAGAAGCUCAGGUCGGACUGGGAUGCGAGCACAAAACCAGACGGCUGAAAGCGAUCUAUGGAUUAGAUCCUGUGUUUGAGUCAGGCAGCUCAUGUUUUAUGAAAGUGCGAAGCCCUAUUGCAUAUGAGAGCAGAGAGGAGACUGUCUUGGCUGAAAGGAAUCUUCAAAUCACAAAACAGGACUGUAGAAUUCAGAACAUGGCUAGAGAGUACUUCAAGAUCUUUGCUACAGAGACAAGAGUGAUAGAGAGCUUUGGUGCAGCACUGGAGGUAAACCCGCUAUACUUCAUGUACUUGCCAGCGAGCAGUAUUCCUUAUGCAACAGUGGAGGCAGAGCUUAAGGGUGUCUAUUUGCGGUAUUGUGGACUGGAUUGCACCAGGUCACUGGUAUUUAAUGAGAAGUUAGAAGUGGCACAAAAGUGUUCUUGUCUCCAGCACUGGAUCUACCAGUGGACCAAUGGAAAUGUGCUGUUCUCCAGACUUGAGGGAGUUGACACAAUACUGACAAAUAUCGGAAUAGCAGUCAGGUCAAAGGGGUAUCAGGGGUUUCCUUGUGAGGCUAAUCCAAAGGUUUUCGAGCAGUUUCAGUUUCAGCAUCAGUGUAAUUACUUCUGUGGUCUCUUAAACCUCAAACCUCUCAAAGCCCCAGAAACACUUCAGACUUCAACCAGACCCAAGGGCUCAAGCAGCCCGCUACUACAACGAAAAACAGUACCCAGCUCCUCCAGUCCCCAGACCCCACGCAAGGCCACAAAGAGCCCCAAAGUAUCCCGCAAACUGAACCCACAGACAUCCACCUAACUCAAUCCAUUUACAGAACUAAAUGGAAAAAAGAGAUGUCUGUCUGUUAUUGAAUCGGAACGUCGAUCACUGAUCUGCAUGCAGCUGCAUUUACUACCCGAAUGUAAGUAAGAACAACAUUCUUUUGAUAAAUGCAACAUUUUACAUGAAAUAUGUAAAUCCAGAAUCAUUACCUAAUCUUCUGUUGCAGUGCUCUUUACAGAAUUUGUUUUGAAAGGGCAUUAUAAAAAUGUGUGUGAUAAUGUCAAGUGCAGCUGUAGCACUACAAACUUUAUAUUACCUCUUUGUUUAUUUAUAAAGGAAGUAUGGUGCUGUUUGUAAAUAGUAAUUAAAAAUAUGAAUUUAGUUAAUUAUAAAUGAGUGUUAUUGUAUGAGAGCAUAUUAUUUCCAUUUGGUUGUGGAUUAACAUGCAUAAUGCAUAUCUAGAAAAUGUUUCUCAAUAUUCUUAAAUAGUUUAUUUUAUAUGGGUUUUGCUCAACAAGAGGGGAAGAAAAAUGAGAGAAUAUUUAUGGCUGACCUGAGCUUGAUAUGAGAGGCAUAAUGGAAACACAGUCACUGAUGAUAACAGUAUUUAAAUAAUGACAUGACUUAAAUGUUGAGUUGACAUUUAAAAUCUUAUCUCAGAUAUCUCACAUUGCAUUACUGGAUGAACUAACAUGCAGGUGAUCAGUCUAUAAAUUUGCCUUUGGUUUAGAUGAAAAGGAAAAGGAAGCCAUCCAAAGAGUACAUAGUAAGUCUUACUUAAGAGGAAAAUUUAAUGUCAUAUGUUAUGUCUCAUGAAUGAGCGCUAAAGCAUUUUGACUUUAGGCCACAGAAUGUAAUUAAGUCAAAUAAAUAAUCACGCUAGUUUAAUUGAAUUAAUCUGCUCUACUUCACCUUGUUUAUGAGACAAGCUUGUUUACAGCUAUAGUAAAGCUAUUAUUAAUAUUUUAGCUCACCGUGACAGUCAUGAGGCACAUCACAAUAGGUUCUAGAACUGACUUUAAUGACCUUAACCCUCUGGUGUUGUUCAGUCCUUAGACAGAAAAAAAAUGUUUUGAUUUUUUAAUUUUAAUUUUUACUUA